CACCGGAGAUGGCCGAGCGCCGCAGGUAACAAGAUCGGAGGCGGCUACCCCAGGGACCGUGUGGGGACGUGCCCGAGAUCCCCAGCCAGCGCCCCGCACGGUCAGUGUGACCAGCUGGGGGCGCCCCGGCUCUCGCGCUCGCCGGCGGGAACUCCAGAGAGCCCGGGCCCUCGGCGGUGGUUGGCAGGGAAGAAGGUGUCUCUACCCGGAAACUUCCAGGGGACAGCUGCGGAGCCCAUGAGAGCCACAGAGCCUUGACCUCAUCUCUUCCCACCAUCCAAGAGGGCAAAGUCAGAGGGGAAAUUGAGGCCCAAGCUAAGCCAGGGCCUUCCCCAAGGGCACACAGCAAAUGGUGACUGAUGACUGAUGUGACUGGACAGACUGGACCACGGCUGUGGCCCUGGGGCCGGGUGAAGCCAGCCUGGAGGGAACAGAGAUCUGAGGACCUGGAAGUUUCUGUCAGCAUAUCCUAGACACCAGUGAGCCGGACCCAGUGAGUGGAGCAGGUGUCACAUGCUCAUGGAGCCACGGGCUCUAGGUGCCUCUGUCCAGUCCUGCCUGCUCCCCUCAGAAAGGGUAGAAGCCUAGGCCAUAUACUAAAGCGUCAGCUGACAGAUGUGUCUCAGACCGGGGGGCUCCUGAGCAGGCUGCUGGACCAGGCCACUGGGGAAGAGGAUGCCAGCCAAGGGGCGCUACUUCCUAAAUGAGGGUGAUGAAGGCCCCAACCAGGCAGCACUCUAUGAGAAGUACCGGCUCACCAGCCUGCACGGGCCACUGCUGCUCUUGCUCCUCCUGGUGGCCGUGGCCACCUGCAUUGCGCUCAUCAGCAUCGCCUUCAGCCAUGAGGAUCUCCGCAGACACCAGGUUGUCCUGGGCACUGCGUUCUUCAUGCUGACACUGUUUGUGGCUCUCUAUGUGCUGGUGUACGUCGAGUGCCUGGUGCAGCGGUGGCUGCGGGCCUUGGCUCUACUCACCUGGGCUUGCCUCAUGGUACUAGGCUCCGUGCUGAUGUGGGACUCCUUGGAGAACAAAGCCCAUGCGUGGGAGCAGGUGCCUUUCUUCCUGUUCAUCGUCUUUGUGGUGUAUGCACUGCUGCCUCUCAGCAGGAGGGCAGCCAUCGCGGUGGGCGUGGCCUCCACGGUCUCCCACCUCCUUGUGUUUGGAGCUGUGACAAGAGCCUUCCAGACAUCCAUGUCCAGCACUCAGCUGGGGCUGCAGCUCCUGGCCAAUGCUGUUAUCCUCCUGGGUGGGAACUUCACGGGUGCCUUCCACAAGCACCAGCUGCAGGAUGCGUCCAGGGAUCUCUUUAUCUACACCGUCAAGUGCAUCCAGAUUCGUCGGAAGCUUCGUGUGGAGAAGCGCCAGCAGGAGAACCUGCUUCUUUCGGUGCUCCCAGCUCACAUCUCCAUGGGCAUGAAGCUGGCCAUCAUUGAGCGCCUCAAAGAGGGUAGUGACCGACACUACAUGCCGGACAACAACUUUCACAGCCUCUAUGUCAAGCGGCACCAGAAUGUCAGCAUCCUGUAUGCAGACAUCGUGGGCUUCACGAGGCUGGCCAGCGACUGCUCUCCCAAGGAGCUGGUGGUGGUGCUCAAUGAGCUGUUCGGGAAGUUUGACCAGAUUGCUAAGGCCAACGAGUGCAUGCGGAUCAAAAUCCUGGGUGACUGUUACUACUGCGUGUCAGGCCUGCCCGUGUCACUGCCCACGCAUGCCCGCAACUGUGUGAAGAUGGGUCUGGACAUAUGCGAGGCCAUUAAGCAGGUUCGCGAGGCCACGGGAGUGGACAUCAGCAUGCGUGUGGGCAUUCACUCCGGGAACGUGCUAUGUGGGGUCAUCGGGCUCCGUAAGUGGCAGUAUGACGUGUGGUCCCAUGAUGUGUCCCUGGCCAACAGGAUGGAGGCAGCUGGAGUCCCUGGCCGGGUGCACAUCACAGAGGCGACAUUGAAUCACCUGGACAAGGCGUACGAGGUGGAGGAUGGGCACGGGGAGCUGCGAGACCCCUAUCUGAAAGAGAUGAACAUCCGAACCUACCUGGUGAUCGAUCCCCGGAGCCAGCAGCCGCCCCCACCCAGCCACCACCUCUCCAAGCCCAAGGGGGAUGCGACUCUGAAGAUGCGGGCUUCAGUGCGUGUAACCCGCUAUCUGGAGUCUUGGGGGGCAGCACGGCCCUUUGCACACCUCAACCACCGGGAGAGUGUGAGCAGCAGCGAGACCCUCAUCUUCAACGGACGGGGGCAGAAGGCCAUUCCUCUGCGUCGACACCGUGCCCCUGAUAGGAGUGCAUCCCCCAAGGGACGCUUGGAAGAUGACUGUGACGACGAGAUGCUGUCAGCCAUUGAGGGGCUCAGCUCUACCAGGCCCUGCUGCUCCAAGUCUGAUGACUUCCACACCUUUGGUCCCAUCUUCCUGGAGAAGGGCUUUGAGCGUGAGUACCGCCUGGUGUCCAUCCCCCGGGCUCGCUAUGACUUUGCCUGUGCCAGCCUUGUCUUCAUCUGCAUCCUGCUCAUCCACCUUCUAGUGAUGCCCAGGAUGGCAACUCUGGGCAUGUCCUUUGGACUGGUGGCCUGCCUGCUGGGGCUGGUUCUGAUUUUCUGCUUUGCUACUGAGUUUUCGAGGUGCUUUCCAUCCCGAAGUACACUCCAGGCCAUCUCGGAGAGUGUGGAGACACAGCCCCUGGUCAGGCUUGUCCUGGUUGUGUUGACUGUAGGCAGCCUACUGACUGUCGCCAUCAUCAACAUGCCACUGACACUUAACCCAAGCCCAGAGCAGCCUGGAGACAACGAGACAAGCCCACUGGCUGCACGGGACAGAAUUGGGACCCCAUGUGAACUCCUCCCGUACUACACCUGCAGCUGCAUCCUGGGCUUCAUUGCAUGCUCUGUUUUCCUGCGGAUGAGCCUGGAGUUGAAGGCCAUGCUGCUGACAGUGGCCUUGGUGGCCUACCUGCUACUCUUCAACCUCUCUCCGUGCUGGCAUGUCUCCGGCAACAGCACUGAGACCAACGGGACAAACAGGACACGGCUGCUCCUGUCUGCUGCACAAAGCAUGCCCAGCCACACCCUUGCUCCCGGGGCUCGGGUGACUGCCCCCUCCCCCAGUUGUUUAGAGAGAGACCUGAAGAUCAUGAUCAACUUCUACCUGAUCCUGUUCUAUGCCACCCUCAUCUUGCUGUCUAGACAGAUUGACUACUACUGCCGCUUGGACUGUCUGUGGAAGAAGAAGUUCAAGAAAGAGCAUGAGGAGUUUGAAACAAUGGAGAAUGUGAACCGCCUCCUCCUGGAGAAUGUGCUGCCGGCGCACGUGGCUGCCCACUUCAUUGGGGACAAGGCAGCAGAGGACUGGUACCAUCAGUCUUACGACUGUGUCUGUGUCAUGUUUGCAUCCGUUCCGGACUUCAAAGUGUUCUACACUGAGUGUGAUGUCAACAAAGAAGGACUGGAGUGCCUUCGCCUGCUGAAUGAGAUCAUUGCUGAUUUUGAUGAGCUGCUGCUGAAGCCCAAGUUCAGUGGUGUGGAGAAGAUCAAGACCAUUGGCAGCACCUACAUGGCGGCAGCAGGGCUCAGUGCCCCCUCAGGACAUGAGAACCAGGACCUGGAGCGGAAGCACGUGCACAUCGGAGUCUUGGUGGAAUUUAGCUUGGCCCUGAUGAGCAAGCUGGAUGGAAUCAACAGGCACUCCUUCAACUCCUUCCGCCUCCGAGUCGGCAUAAACCACGGGCCUGUGAUUGCUGGAGUGAUUGGAGCACGCAAGCCUCAGUAUGACAUCUGGGGAAACACAGUCAAUGUUGCCAGCCGCAUGGAGAGCACCGGAGAGCUUGGGAAAAUCCAGGUUACUGAAGAGACAUGCACCAUCCUCCAGGGACUAGGAUAUUCUUGUGAGUGCCGUGGGCUGAUCAACGUCAAAGGCAAAGGGGAACUUCGGACUUAUUUUGUAUGUACAGACACUGCCAAGUUUCAAGGGCUGGGGCUAAACUGAGGUGU